GUAUUUCAUUUCCUUCACUUUCCUUUCCUUUACUUUUCAACUUUUCCGGUUAUGCGUUCUCUUACCUUUGCUCUUGGUCUUGCUGCAUCAUGGCUCGCCCUUGGUGUCAGUGGUGUGCCAAUACAACCACAACCUUUAAUCGUACGGUAUCCUCUCCGUCGACUCAGGAACAGUUCUCAAGGUAGCCGCUCUUUCACAAAAAGACAAAGCGAUCUCAACAGCGCUCUCGACUCGCUCGUGAACUCCACGGCAACCUUCACAUCUCACAACGCACCUCUCCUGAACGAUCUUGAUAUUUGUGAAUUGGGUAUCGACAUCGAAGUUGGAUCCCCUCCAAAGAAAUAUCUUUUACUCUUCGACACCGGCAGCUCAGACACCUGGAUCCCAUCUCACAACUGUACAGCAACCCAGGGCUGCCAGACAUCAAAUGGUUACAACCCUGCCGAAUCAUCAACCUAUAACCCCACUAGCUUCCCACUAAAUAUCACUUACGGAAGAGGAAGUGCGCUCGGCCAGUACUUUGUUGACCAGGUCAGCGUUGGAGACCUCACUGUAUCCAAGCAGCUGGUUGCCUAUGUUGACUCGAACGAAGGUCCCAUUGCAACCCAAAACGCAACAGACGGAUUCAUCAUGGACGGUUUAUUCGGUGCUGGAUAUCCUGCCGGAAGCAUCAUGUACCAGGAUUUCAGAAAGACCUUUUAUCCUUUCCCUAUGUCUCUGUGGUACGACAAACUUAUCCCUGAACCUGUCUUUUCGGUCUAUAUUGGAGACUCUGACAAUACCAACUGGACAGGAGAAGUAGUAUUUGGCGGCGUCGAUCUUUCAAAGACAUCCGGAAAGAUGGUCUACACUGAUGUGGUACCAUACAGUGGAGAGGGUGUCACUGGCUCUAUUUACACUCGCUGGACUGUCGGUGUUCAGGGAUUCACUUUCCAAAACUCCACCAACCAAGUAAAGGUUUCGUUCAGCAGCACUCAAUCAUUUACCAUUGACACCGGCUCCAACUUCAUAUACCUCCCUGAGACCCAGGCUGAAGUUCUGGCCACACACGUCGAUCCAAAGGCUACUCUCACUGACGGCCGCUACAUCGUAGACUGUGCCUACCUGACUUCCACUGAUGGCUUUAGUGUCUAUUUCCCUGCCGAAUACGAUCCUCAAAACCCUGACAGCAAAGCGUCGGUAUUCAUUAGCGUGCCCAUCUCUGACAUGAUCAGCAAGUUAAACGACCAGUGCAUUCUUCUCAUCUUACCCUCAAAGAACCAUAUCAUCGGAAAUCUCUUUUUACGCAAAUUUGUUACCUCUUUCGAUUUCGGAAAGAAUCGAAUUGGAUUUGCACCAGUAGCCACAAAAUAAUAUCUAGCAGCAGUAACUCUUAAAAACCAAAGAGAACAAUACAAUCCUACUACCCGAUUAUUAUUAUUAUUAUCAUCUUAUUGCUUUAUUCACAGUAAAACUAAAACCAAAGAAAAAUGAUAUAUGUACAAAGAACAUAAUUACUUUCUAUAUCUUUCUAUCUAUAUCUAUAUAUUCAAAUCUUUUGUUAUAAGUAAUAUGUGUAUGUUUACCUAUAGUUCUACAGAUACUGUUUUAUAUUCAAUUAUUGUCAUAGCGCUAAAUCCUCGUAUAUUCUUCAUUAAAGAAAAAGAAAGG